GCUUUACUGCUGCUUCUAUCACUUCCUCAAGUGAACACUGCCUCAAUAUGUGGAGUUACAAACACAGGAUGACCAGAAAUAGUCUGGACCUUUGACACACCGGGACAGGAAAUAUUGUUCUACAGCAAAGAUUAUUUGCACGUUGUUGGUCGAAAGCAUGUUCCUGUGGCAGUAUCUGACAACGCUCUUGCUGAUAGCUGUUCAAAUAUGCAAAGCUCAGAAAUGCGAUGACUUCACAGACCUAGACCUCAAUAAUGCAAUCAUAGGGACAUCCCUGAGGGUUAGGUUGCUGCUGUACACCAGUGCCAAUCCAGAAUGUGGUUCACUUGUGUCCCACACAAACCUUUCAGCGCACCCUCAGUUCAACUUGUCCAGACCGACCAGCUUCAUCAUUCAUGGGUAUCGGCCCACAGGAUCUCCACCGGUGUGGCUUAACAACAUCACACAGUUGAUGCUGGACAGGACAAAUGGUAACGUCAUAGUAGUGGACUGGAACCACGGGGCUGCUAAUGUAAAUUAUCUUAAAGCAGUAGAGAACACCUACAAGACAGCAGAAAACCUCACUGCUUUCAUUGGAAAGAUGCGGGACCAUGGCGCCACUCUAAACUCCACCCACAUGAUCGGAGUCAGUCUUGGAGCUCAUAUAUCAGGCUUUGUAGGCAAAAGACUGAAUGGGGAAAUUGGAAGAAUUACAGCUCUGGAUCCUGCUGGUCCACAGUUCACUGGCAAACCUCCAAAGGAUCGCCUGGAUUUCACAGAUGCCCAGUUUGUGGAUGUCCUGCACACAGACAUAGAUGCGCUGGGCUUUAGAGCACCUUUAGGUCACAUUGAUUUCUAUGCUAAUGCAGGAACAGACCAACCUGGGUGCCCAAAAACCAUCUUUUCUGGAGGAGCCUAUUUCAAAUGUGACCACCAGAGAUCAGUGUUGCUGUACCUUGACGCUCUGAAGCCGGUAUGCAACUUCAGGGCCUUCCCCUGCUCCUCUUACAAUGACUUUAUGGAUGGUAUCUGCAUGGAUUGUAAUCAGUUUGGAACUGCUGGAUGUCCUGUCUUUGGUUAUGACAUCAUAAAGUGGAAAGACGUGCUGCGCAUAGGGCAAACAAAAGCUUUCUUCAACACAAAUAAAGUCUCUCCAUUCUGCUUGACAGGCUACAAGGUGGAUGUGAUAAUAUGGAACCAGGAAGUACGCUGGGGCUACAUCACUGUUAAACUUCAUGGGAAUGGCAAAGAAGCAGUGGCGACCAUCGACCAUAAAUCAUCAAAGUUCCAGAGGUACAAAGAGACACAUUUAUUUGCACAGUUUGACAAAGACCUACAGACAGUGAACAAGGUGUCUCUCACAUUCUCUACUGGAAAUGUGUUCAAGCCCAAAUAUAAGCUCCGUGUCCUUCGAGUCCGUCUCACACAUAUGGAACGCAAGGAGGGGCCUCUCUGUCGAUAUGACAUCCUUCUUCAGGAGAACAAAGAAGUCACCUUCAGGCCUAUUCCCUGUGAAGAAUCCAACUUCUGAAGCAAAAAUUGGACAUUGCUUCAAAAAUGUCACCGUUUGUUCUGGAUCGUACAGAAAAAGAAUACAGACGGCAAAAAAGAAUGCACCAACCUGCCACAAUGUGACCAUUUUGAUCUGAAAAUGAAAACUCUGUAUAUUUGUUUUUAAGAGUAAAUGUUAUUUUUAUUAAAAAUUUU